GAUAGGCGCCAGUAGCUAAAUAAUCGUAGGGCCGAUCCCACCAUUUUUGAAUUCUCUAUAAAAAAAAUGCUUAGCGUCUACCAGUAAUUUUUUCGGCAUUAUUAAUUAAGUUUUUUUUGUUAGCUUAGGGCCAAAACAGAUACUUUUAUUAACGAUCUAAGUCGCUGCUGUUUUACAAAAUUACGACAAGUAUUCGGUUUCGAUAGGAUCCGCGUCCUCUGACGAAAAACGCGCGAGUUGAGGCUAAAUUGUCAGUGGACAUUGCCGGUUUUCCAUCCGUUGUUACUCCAAUUUCAUACCCAUACACAUAGCCGGUCGCAGAGAUGUCUGGAGAGGAUCCCAGCUCGGUAGCUGUGGCGCUACGCGUACGUCCUCUGGUGCAAUCGGAACUGGAUCGGGGAUGUCGCAUCGCUGUAGAACGGGCCGCAGACGGAUCACCCCAGGUCACCGUUAAUCGGACGGAAUCCUACACAUACAAUCACGUUUUUGGCAUCGAGGAUACCCAGAAGGAGCUGUUUGAGAGCUGUGUCGAGGAGAAGUUGAAGCGUUUGCUGAAUGGUUAUAAUCUUACUAUCUUGGCAUACGGUCAAACUGGCUCUGGUAAAACAUACACAAUGGGGACUGCCUUCAAUGGCUCGCUGGACGACCAUGCCGGUGUAAUACCCCGUGCCGUGCACGACAUAUUCCGUGAAAUAGCCGUAAUGUCCAAGGACUAUCGUUUCCAUGUAACAUGCUCCUUUGUCGAGCUAUACCAGGAGCAAUUCUACGAUCUCUUCUCGACAAAGCCUCGCGACAAAGCCACCGUUGAUAUCCGAGAGGUGAAGAACAAAAUUGUGAUGCCAGGACUAACCGAAUUGGUGGUGAAAUCCGCCCAGGAGGUGACCGAAUAUCUGAUGCGCGGCUCGGCCGGUCGUGCUGUGGCAGCUACUGCCAUGAAUGAGACAUCAUCCCGAUCUCAUGCCAUCUUUACACUCACAUUGGUGGCCACCAAGGUCCAUGGAACACAAUCGGUAACUACUUCGCGGUUCAAUCUGGUGGACCUGGCCGGCUCCGAGCGCUGUUCCAAGACCCUCGCCAGCGGCGAUCGCUUCAAGGAGGGUGUCAACAUUAACAAGGGCCUUCUUGCUCUUGGCAAUGUUAUCAACGCUUUAGGAUCUGGCCAGGUUGCUGGCUUCGUCCGUUAUCGGGAUUCCAAGCUCACCCGCCUUCUUCAGGACUCGCUGGGCGGCAACUCCAUUACCCUCAUGAUAGCCUGCGUCAGUCCCGCUGACUACAAUGUGGCCGAGACGCUGAGCACUCUGCGCUAUGCGGAUCGCGCCUUGCAGAUCAAGAACAAGCCGGUGGUUAACCUCGAUCCUCAUGCUGCCGAGGUCAAUAUGCUGAAGGACAUCAUUCAGAAGCUGCGAGUCGAACUGCUGGCGAAUGGAAAGAUGAGCAGCUCCAUAACUAGUGCCAUUGGCUCCGCUGGCUUGAGUUCGGCGCCAAGUUCGGACGCAGACUCGCUUUCAGGCUCCGCUGGCCAGGCAGAGGAGAUAAAACGCUUGAAAGAGGAGAAGCGCGUGCUGGCGGAACGUGCUCGGAAGCUGGAGCAGGAGCUGCACCAGUCGUGGGCCGAUCUCACCGAGAAGGAGAUGCGCGUGGAAAUAGCCGAGCAUGCGCAGGAGAAGCUUCGCACCUAUGUCCUCCAGAUAAAGGCCAAGCUGGAGCAGCAACAACAGCAGAAGGCGGAGAAUGGCGACGAUGCCGACGAUGGCAUGAGCGAUCCGAUGAAGGAGAUUAGCCAAUUGGUGGAGCAAGUCGACAAUGAACUCCAUCGGACACAGGACGAGCUGGAGAGCCAUGGCGCGGAGGCACGACGCCAGCUGUCUGGUCGCUCGCCCAGCGAUCGUGAGGAGAACAGUUCGAGUGCCGGUGACGAGGUCCAGGAAAUGAUGCAGUCCCAGUCCGAGGAGUUCACCAACAAGCAGCUGAACCUCGCCGGGGAGCUGCGUACCAUCAACCGCCAGCUGGAUCUCAAGAAGGAGCUGCACGAUCGCAUCAUGCGCAACUACAACCGGCUGGAGGGCGAUGACGAGGGCGACGUGCUGCGCCUGUGCCACCAGAAGAUCGAAGAUCUUGAGGUUGAGCGGCGGGAUCUGAUGGAUCAGCUGCGCACCACGAAGAGCAAGGACAACAUGGCCAAAAUAGCCGAAGAAAGGCGCAAGCGCUUACAGUCCCUGGAGACGGAAAUCGCCGAUUUGCGGCGCCGAGUUAUCACCCAGGCGAAUAUGCUCAAGAUGCGCGAGAAGGAGAAGGAGAAGAUCACCAACCUGAGCGGCGAAAUUCGUGCCAUGAAGGAGUCCAAGGUGAAGCUGAUCCGGGCCAUGCGCGGCGAGUCCGAAAAAUUUCGCCAGUGGAAGCUGGUGCGCGAGAAGGAGCUAACCCAGCUGAAGAGCAAGGACCGCAAGAUGCAGUCCGAGAUGGUGCGCCAGCAGACGCUUCACGCCAAGCAGCGUCAGGUGUUGAAGCGCAAGUGCGAGGAGGCACUGGCCACCAACAAGCGCCUGAAGGACGCUCUGGAGCGUCAGGCCACGGCCCAGGCUCAGCGACACAAGAACCAGAAGGAUCAUGCGUCCGCCAGUUCACACGGCAACUCCUCCAGCCAUGCCAAGACCGAUUCGUGGGUUGAUCGCGAACUGGAGAUCAUUCUCUCGCUGGUGGAUGCGGAACACAGUUUGGAGCAACUGAUGGAGGACCGAGCGGUGAUCAACAAUCAUUACCAUUUGAUGGAGAAGCAGACCAGCAUCAAUCCGGCGGACAUGCAUGAGCAGGUACGACUGCUGGCCCAACUGGAGGAGGAGCUGGAGAUGCGCAAUGCCCAGAUAGCCGAUUUGCAGCAGAAGGUCUGCCAGAGUGAUCUCGAUUCCCGGAUCAAGGCCUUGGCCGAGGGCGUCCAGAGCAUUGGCGAGGCCCGUACGGUUAGCAAGCAUCUCUUGAAGUCCAUGGUGCAGCAGAGGCGCCACCAGGCGGCCAGCAUCAACGAGCAACGCACCCAGAUGGACGAACAGCGGGCACAGCUGCUGGAGGCGCAACAAAAUCAAGAGGCAGCUACCAAACGUCUCCGUUUGGCCGAGGCCAAGCACGAGGAGCAAAUGCUCAACCUGCAGCGCAAUUACGAGGAGAAGGUGGCCGUUCUGCUGCGGGCAGCCAACCAGCGACCAGACGAGGGCGAAACUGCUGCCUCCAAGCAGGAGCAGGAACAGCAGCGCCAACAGUUUCUGGACGAGCUGGUUAGCAGUCGUGAAGCAUUGCAGCUGGAACUGGACACGCUAAGAUCGAAGAUGUCCGCCAAGAAGAAGCCGAAGGAACCCGAAGUUAUACCCGAGGAUCCCGACGAGAGUGUCAUUCUCAUGUCGGAAACAUUGGAGCUAAGCGACGUUAGUAGUGACCCCGACUGGUUGCCAUCCAAAUCCAAGAGAUCCUCACAGUCGAAGAAUCGGAACAAUACCGCCGAUCGGGAUGUCUCGGGAUCGGCACUAGCCCAGGAUGCCACUAACGGAUCGAUGCAGUCCAUUAACUCCACAACGCCAGCAUCGGGGGCGAUCCUGGAGGAUUCGAAACGUGCCUUCUACUGCAAGUGCCGCACCAGAUGCAAUUCCAAGCGGUGCGGCUGCUUUGGCGCCGGAAACGGUUGCUACUCGGGCUGCGUUUGCAAGGGCCAUUGCAUGAAUCCCAAUAACACCGCCAAUAUGCCGCCGCCGGAAAACGGCCAGGGCGAUGCUCCCAUGAUGAAGGCUGAAAUACGCGAGGAACCGGCGGCUGAAGAUCCUGGGGCUGGAUCAUCUGAAGAUGCCAAGUCAGACGGGCAGUCCGGCAAGGAGAACUUUGUAUCGCCGCCGCAGCCAUCAACGUCAUCCGGAUCGGUGCCGGAGGAGGUCAGCAAGGGCGGCAUGGACCAGCCGAUGGCAGCGAGUGGUGGCCAGCCCUUGGUCACCGCCAAUGCUACGAUAGACGACAUCAGCGCUCCAAAACUGGCCAGGAUGUCCGGACUAGCCUUCUCCACGCCCAGGCGGAAGUUCUUCUGAUGUCUCGGCUGAUGCUGGAAUCUCUCGCUGGAAUAACCUCCACCCAUCCCAUCCUCCACCCUCCUCCUCCUUUAGGUCAGAUAUAACCAAUAAAGCUUCGACAAACAUG